AUGCGACGCUUGAUCGCUUACGAGUAUAUUUUCCUUGCACCUCUCAUUGUUUCUUUAUUAUUUGUUACAACAAACGGGCAGUUUAUCCUGUAUAAAACUGAUCGACAAAGCAGUUCUAAUUUGGAAUAUGAUUGUUUAUAUUAUCGUGUGUCAAGUGCUAUGUACAUUGAUGAUCUGAAGCUACCGAAAGAUGGAAUGCCACAUGAAAUUAUCGCUUACUGUAUGCGUCCUACCGAAGAAGAGAUAAAUCCUUCGACCCUAUUUUCUGUGAACAAUGUAACAAAGCUGACUUUUGCAGAGUUAUAUCUUCAAAAUAUCACUGCAAACACUCUACUGCUCAAGUCUGCGCCUAUCGAACUUGCUGAACAAUAUCAACAAUACAUUGAUUGUCCAUCUCCUGAUAAUGCUAAUCAAACUUUUAUCAACUGUCCGCCACCAUGGUUCGGAUCAGCGUGCCAGUAUACAUUCGAAUUUUCGAGCGGCACCAUCAGCUCGUUCGCCGAGGUUGUCAAGCACACGUUCCAGGCAAAAUGGGUUAAAGAAUAUGCACAUACAGUUCCUGUUACAAAUCUAACAUGUUAUAGACAUUUAGAAUGUUAUCGAGGACCGGAACCCAUGUGUCUUGAUUGGAGAGAAAUAUGCGAUGGAAAAAUUGACUGCGUAGGUAAUGGACUAGAUGAAGAAUCUUGUUUAGAACUCGAAGCAAACGAAUGUGCUCCUGAUGACUAUCGAUGUCACAACGGUAUGUGCAUUUCUGAUGAAUUCCUGCGUGAUGAUCCUUGGAAUCCGGAAUGUCUUGAUGGAACGGAUGAAGGCAUACUGCACAGAUACCCGGCCUGGUGUCCUCUAGAUCCGACAUUUCGUUGUGAGGAGCGUGCUUGCCGCCGUCAGAUAUAUGAAUUCGCAUGUGGCGAUGGCCAAUGUGACACAAAUGAUAACGUUUUUUCGCGCUCACCCGCAUGUCAUAAUGGGCGUCAGAAAUUAAGCCAGCGAGCACUUCUCGCAUUCCAAGCUGAAAACGAAGCAUGUUGGUCGAAAAUGACUUGCCUGCUGGGAAUCGUUAGUUUUGAUGAAGGACAAUGUGAAGGAAUAUGCAAAACCUCUCUGACCCGAUGUAUAAGGUCAUUAAAGAACAGUUGCCCUGGUCCCUUCUUCUUUUUCCCUUCAUAUCCUGUACUCCUCAGUCACGUAUAUUUUCUUUUCAGUUCAUCACGCAUUGAUUACUGGGCAAAUCGUGCACCCGAUUUUGUAUGUUAUGAUAGUCAAUUAUGCCCCUUUCUACCAUGGACUAUGAAAAUCAACGGAUCCAGUUGUAUUCACGUUCAUGACCUAGGUUUCCGACAUAUGACGCAGUACUGGCAUACAUUCAUCAUUAGGGUGCACGAGAUUUUUUCUACAUGUGGACGCUGUCACAAUUCUUCUUCCAACUUUUUCCAGUGUAACAACGGAACUAAAUGUAUUUCGAUACACCGACUAGUAGACGGAGUAAAUGACUGCAUAGAUGGUUCUGAUGAAAAAAUCGAAUACAGCUGCACACUUACGGAUAGUCACCAUCGAUUUGAAUGUCCUUUAGAGAAUAAAAGCCGAUGUAUUGCACCUCUACUAAUACAAGAUCAUACUGUACACUGUACGGAAACUGACGAGGAUGAGAUCACAUCGUUCCAGCGUCAGCAGCAGCAGCGUAUUUCAUUUGGCACACUGUGUGAUGGUUUCAUACAUAUGUCAGAUAAAGAACAAAACGAGACCGACGAGACCAACUGUGAGCUCUGGCCGUGUAAUAAUCUUUACACUCGCUGUGAUAAUAUUUGGAACUGCCUCAAUGGUGCCGAUGAACUUCAGUGCUAUCCUUCAUCCUGUCGUUCGAAUGAACAUCCUUGUUUAUCUAUUCAAGAUAAUGAGCUUAUAUGUCUACCACUAGAACGUACAAAUGAUGGUAUAGUCGACUGUCGUGGCGCAGUGGACGAGCGUAUGAUUUGUCGCAGCACUCAUGAAUCCAGAAAUUAUCGCUAUCUUUGCUUGAAUGAUACAAAGUGCAUUGGAUUACAUGAAGUCUGCGACGUAUUUGACGUUAGAAGUUGUCCACUAGGUGAUGAUGAAUGGAACUGUCCAAAGCAAAUCGAUUCUGCCGGACAAGCCGUAGGCUUUUGUCACGAUAUUGAAUCUGCUCAGCGCAGCAUAGGUGACAAAAUGUUGUGCAGCUUGAGCGAUGAAGCUGAGCGCUCAACUGUUUAUUUCUCACUUUCACAUGAGAAAACACUUCGAUUGGAGCCUGUUAUACCCAGCCAACCAGUUGAGCCCUCUACUAGACAAUACUCAUUAAUAGAUCAUGCUCGAGCAUGGUCUUGUAACCGUGGCAUUCCUAUCAAAACUAAUAACAAUCAGCAAAAAUGUUUAUGUCCAUCAAGUUAUUAUGGAAGCAUCUGUCAAUAUCAGAAUCAGCGUGUAAGUCUAACAUUAAGUUUUCGAACACAAGAACGGCGUACUGUGUUUAACUUUGUAAUCAUUCUUACUGAUUCUUCUACAACUAUUUACUCUUACGAUCAAAUAGUACAUAUUCCUUCGCGUGAUUGCAAUAUGAAAUAUCAGAUACAUCUUCUUUAUCAAACGAGACCUAAAUCAUCUUUGAGCAACUACUCAGUGCAAAUCGAUCUCUUCGAAAAGGAAACUUUGAACUACAGAUCAAGUUGGCGCUUGCCCAUUCACUUCUCUUUCUUGCCUGUUAAUCGUCUCUCAGCUGUACUUACAAUACCUAUUCGGAAGUCUAGUGGCUGUACACGUUCAUGUCAACAUGGUCUUUGUAGUAUUUACGAAGGUACGUCAGAACAGUUCUGUCAGUGUGAUUCUGGUUGGUUCGGGCCGUUGUGUGAAACUGAGAUUCUAUGCACUUGUUCGGUCCAUUCACGUUGUGUUGGAUUUGCUGAGAAUCGCUCGAUCUGCGUCUGCCCGACAGGUAAAUACGGUCCACGAUGCUAUCUCAACCAUAUGGCCUGUGAUCCAAACCCAUGUAAAUACGGAGGAAAAUGUGUUCCUACAGAUGCACAAAUACCGAGUCGUAGCUUCACUUGCUUCUGCCCCGAGGGCUUUUCUGGAUCAACGUGCGAGCUACGAGAUUCUCGAAUCGAUAUUACAUUCGAACAAGUAUCAGUACCAAACUAUAUACAAGGUCAUAUUAUCACUGUACAGAACGACAAAGAUCCUUUGCGCACAGACGUCUUGAAGAAAGUUCCAGUCGAUCGCAAUACAGUUAUUCUCUACAUAUCAAUUUCUUUUCAUAUACUCUUUGUACAAAUAUAUACUACUUAUUAUUUACUGAUGUCGAAAGCUGUUUAUACACCAUCAACUCACACUAUAUCAGUACCUACAUGGAAUCAGCGAUGUGCUCCUUUACAUGAGGUGCUGAAUACUACUCUUCUCAAUCAUCCAUUACGACGACGAGUGAAAUACUAUCAUGUGCCGUGCCAACAACACCGUGACUUACUAUGUUUCUAUGACGAAACCUUCAUGUGUUUGUGCACAGAUGAGCGGCAUGCUAACUGUUUUGAAUUCGUUCACAAUAUAACUUCUGACUGUCAAGAUACGAAAUACUGUGGCAAUGCAGGUACUUGCAUUCAGGAUCACCCUUUAUGUCCGACAACAUUUGUGUGUGUAUGUGCGCAAUGCUACUAUGGCUCAAAAUGUCAAUUCACUACCGAAGGUAGCGGACUUUCUCUUGAUACUAUUCUCGGAUACCACAUCAGUCCACAUGUUACCAUUCACCAUCAACCUUCAGUGGUCCAAGUGAGCAUAGCUAUCACGACCACAAUGUUCGCAUUCAGUCUCUUGGGUAACACAUUGUGCAUCUUGAUCUUUCGACGAAAGAUGAUAAGUGAAACUGGUUGUGGAUUUUAUUUAUUAAUGUUGUCGAUAGUAUCUCUUCUUACUAUGACAGUAUUCAUUCUCAAAUUCUGGCUUCUUGUUCUCUCUCAAAUGAAAAUAAUCAUUCGUCCAUCUACUUUGUAUGCCAAUUGUGUAUGGACGGAGUUCUUCUUGAAAUGCUUACCUCAUGUGGGCGAUUGGCUUUCAGCCUGUGUUGCCAUGGAACGUGCGCUUACGAUAUAUUCUGGCGCUAACUUCAAUAAGAAAAAGAGCAAGCGAACUGCCAAAUGGAUAGUUGCCAUGAUUCUUCUCUGCAGUACUGCCACUGCUAUACAUGAUCCUCUGCAUCGACAACUGAUUGAUGAUGCGGAGGAGCAACGAACCUGGUGCAUACCCAUCUAUUCGUCUAGCGUACAAAUCUUUAAUCGAGUGAUUUAUAUUAUCCAUUUUUUCGGCCCAUUUAUAUUUAACUUUGUCUCAGCAAGUUUGGUUAUCAUCCAAGUAGCGCGUCAACGAUUUACAACUCGUCAACAUAUCCCUUUGAUGCAACAUUUAUGGCAGCAAUUAUGCGAACAUAAGCAUCUGAUCAUUAGUCCAUGUAUUCUCAUUAUUCUUGCUUUACCUCGCCUAAUUAUUUCAUUCAUUUGGGAUUGCUUAAAGUCAGUCAGAGAUCCUCGACUUUUCUUAGCAGGUUAUUUUCUCUCGUUCAUUCCUCCAGUGGUUAUUUUUAUUGUGUUUGUACUUCCAUCAAAGAUGUACAAGAAAGAGUUGAGCGACGUAGUAAAGCAUAUUUUCAAUCGUAAGAGGCUUCAUCAAUAUUUCAAUGCUACUUUGCCAACGGCGACGACGAAGGCAAUUCCUACUUUGUCCAAAUAA